AACAGCACUUUUGACGUCAGGAAUAAUCAUUACUUUCUCAUCCGGGUCUUCUCUCCUCUUGUGGUAAUAUUUACUUUAUCCAGACCAGAGAGCUCGCGGUGGCUUAAGCCUUUACUAUACACAUAUGCAUAUAUGUAACGCGGCUGGAACACUGGACUCUACCCAGCUUCAUCUGGAACAGGCUAUCUUUGCAACUUUUCCUAUAAAACGGAGGGGAUAUUUGCUCAACUCCACGACUGUUUUAUCUUUUCCAAAUGAAUUUUUAAUGGCUUCGCAAUGGAGAUAGCCUUGGUGAGUUUUGAGAACGGCGGCGCGAAGGGGAGCGGUGGCAAUGCCGACGAGACCUGCCGGAACGCACUGGAUCUCCCUCAGCCAGCUUUGCUCCAAACUGGACUUGGCGAGGACUACACUAAGGAGCUGAACACACUCGGUAGUUCCCAGCAAAGCCCCUGGAAAAUCAACGACAUGAACAACACUUUCAGCUGUAGCGAAAAUGCCAUGGAUGCGCUUUUACGCGCGGACCACAGUCCCCAUCUGUUUGAUGAGGACAUGUUGGACAUGGAUAUGGACACAGAGAGCAACGAGAGAGUGCUGAUCAACAUAGCUGGGCUGAGGUAUGAGACACAGCUGGGAACCCUAAACCAGUUCCCUGAUACUUUACUGGGUGACCCCGCCAAGAGAAUAAAAUACUUUGAUCCACUCAGGAACGAAUACUUUUUCGAUCGCAACCGGCCAAGUUUUGAUGGGAUAUUAUAUUUCUAUCAGUCGGGAGGGAAGAUCCGAAGACCUGUCAAUGUGUCAAUUGAUGUGUUUGCAGAUGAGAUUAGGUUUUAUCAGCUCGGGGAGGAGGCCAUGGAGAGGUUUCGGGAAGAUGAGGGAUUUAUAAAAGAGGAAGAAAAGCCAUUGCCUCAAAAUGAAUUUCAAAAGCAGGUUUGGCUUAUAUUUGAGUACCCAGAGAGCUCUAGUCCUGCGAGAGGCAUCGCCAUUGUUUCUGUGAUUGUAAUCACUAUCUCCAUCAUCACAUUCUGUUUGGAAACGUUACCAGAGUUCCGGGAUGAGCGUGAGCUGCCAGUGACCAGCCGAUCUGACAACAGCACCGCGCCUCGUCCAUCUCUUACCUUCACAGACCCCUUUUUCAUCAUAGAGACCACUUGUGUGAUAUGGUUCACGUUUGAGCUAAUAGUGCGCUUCUUUGCGUGCCCCAGCAAGUCAGAGUUUAGCAAAACCAUCAUGAAUAUCAUAGACAUCAUGUCAAUCAUGCCUUACUUCAUCACAGUAGGCACAGAACUGGCGGAGCAGCAGGGCCAGGAGCAUCAGAACGGCCAGCAGGCCAUGUCUCUGGCCAUCCUGAGGGUCAUCCGCUUGGUCAGGGUCUUCAGGAUCUUCAAGCUCUCCAGACACUCCAAAGGUCUCCAGAUCCUGGGGCAGACGCUGAAAGCCAGCAUGAGAGAGCUCGGCCUCUUAAUUUUCUUUCUCUUCAUCGGAGUCAUCCUGUUCUCCAGCGCCGUUUACUUCGCUGAGGCGGACGAGCCGGAGUCUCAUUUCUCCAGCAUCCCUGAUGCCUUCUGGUGGGCUGUGGUCACCAUGACAACUGUUGGCUAUGGCGACAUGAGACCGGUGACGGUCGGGGGAAAGAUCGUCGGUUCUCUCUGUGCCAUCGCCGGCGUGCUGACCAUCGCCCUGCCAGUGCCAGUCAUCGUAUCAAACUUCAAUUACUUUUAUCACAGAGAGACAGAUCAGGACCAGUCGUCUCUGAAAGAUGAACCAAACAGUGGCCGUGCGAGCCCUGAAUUAAAACGGAGAGGGAGUAAAUCAUCUGUCAAAUCACAAGACGUGGAAAACAAUGACGGGAGCGCUUCGGUAGAAAAGGCAAAUAUCAAGGCAAACAGCAGUAUGGACAUCAAAAGAUCGCUUUACGCGUUCUGCCUGGACACACGGGAGACGGACCUGUAGCCUCAAGCUGUUUUAUUUCUUGAAGAUACUGUUAAGCCACAAUAUCCUAAAGCCCAUAGUGUCAGUUAUGUUGAAUACCCCCAUUAAUGGGCUCUAAGUCGUUGCACAGUAGAAGGAUCAACACGUUGCAAUCCUGAAAAGUUUUAGAGCGACGGGGUUGAUUUAUAAAAAGCACAUUAUAAUCCCCUCAUCUGGUAAGCGCGCGCGCCAGAGACGCAGGAAAAUGAGUUGAUAUGACCAAACUACAUUGCAUGCAGCACAGAAAGCCCUUUAAAAGUGGGAAUACCUAGCCUUUGAUCAUCCUUCCCAAAUCAAACUCAUGGAGAAAUUUGCGAGAAAAGAAAGGAAUGUACGCCACAGAGAGUGUACUAAUCAAGGACGGCAGGACUAGAAAUAAUUACUUGGGCGUUUGACAUCACGGAGAGGAUUAUGUUGUAAAGCAGCAGGCCGUAACAGAGCUCCAGUGACCAAUCAGGCUCUUGCAUAUACUGUAUGAAGUAGCCUAUGUCCAUAGUACAACAACAUCAGAAAACGAAAAAGCCAAAUGGGUGUUUUAUUUUCAUAUGUACCGUCAGUUAGUCGUAUGUUUACUCUAAAACGUUGCAUUUAAUGCAUCUGCAAAUAUGUACAUAUUUCUUAUAGGCCUAUUAUUUAUUUAUUAAUUGGAUUUCGGUGUUGUAGAGGUGGGAAAACUCUUUAUUUUAAGCUACAGACACCUGCUUCCUUCACUCAGGUUCUGUCAAAGUGAAUUUCCUUCUUUCCUUUUUUUCUAACGAGAGAUGAUUUGCUCUCUGUACUGGCAGAGGACUUUAGGAGAAGCGUUGGGACUUGAAUUUAGACAAAAAAAAAAAAAGCCUUUGUUACUCUCAUUUGAACUACAGAACAUUCAAGUAUAAAUAAAGGACAUAAUAUGGAAGUACGGGCGGAUGAGAGCAAACACGACCAGAAAGAAGAAACUGCAGAGACCGUUUGGAGAGAGCAAGUAACAAAGACAUCAGAGAGUUAAAGCCCAGCCCUCUGACCAUCAGGAGAAUCGACCCACCCCUCCCCCCAACCAGGACAUGUCACAUCAUCAUCUACAACAACGACCCUUUUAAAAAUCUG